CAGCCACGACUGUAGAAAAUCCAGCAUCCACGCUGUCAAACGGAGCGAGUGACCACAUCAGCCUGGAGAGCUCCGCCGGCUGAGAGACUGCUGGCUCAUCCAUCGUUAGCUUUUGUCACAACCCGACUCUGUCCAGCGACCAUUUGCGUGUUUAGAGCACUUUAGUUUUGUUGUGUCGUCUUCUUUUGUCUCGUUUCUGCUCACAGUUGACAAUGGCUGAUCCUAAAUACGCAAAUUUGCCGGGAAUUGCUUUCAACGAGCCGGACGUGUACGAGACCGGCGACCUCCCGGAAGACGACCAGGCUCAGUUUGAGUCGGAGGAGCUUUGCAGCAACAGCGUGGAGCGCAUCGUGGUUAACCCCAACGCAGCCUAUGACAAGUUCAAAGACAAGCACGUCACCACCAAAGGACUCGACUUCUCAGACAGAAUCAGUAAAAGCAGAAGAGUGGGCUAUGAGUCGGGAGACUUUGAAAUCCUUGGAGAAGGCUGUGGGGUGAAGGAGACGCCGCAGCAGAAGUAUCAGCGCCUGGUGAACGAGAUACAGGAACUGACGCAGGAGGUGGACGCCAUCCAGGCCGCUACGAAGGAGAGCAAUGCGGAGGAGCGCCUCACUCCGGUGGUGCUCGCCCAGCAGGCUGCGCAGCUCAAACAGCAGCUGGUGUCGGCUCAUCUGGACUCGCUGCUGGGACCCCAGGCGCACAUCAACCUGGCCGACCCAGAUGGAGCGCUGGCCAGACGUCUGCUCACCCAGCUGGAGGUGGCUAAGGGCAGCCGUGGCGGCGCCGCAGCGGAGGCCAAGCCGGCGGCGGCGACUAAAGCCCCAGAUGGAGUGGUGCUCUACGAAUUACACAGCAGACCGGAGCAGGAGAAAUUCAACGAGUCUGCGAAGAUGGCAGAAUUGGAGAAGCGCCUAGCCGAGCUGGAGAUAGCUGUUGGCUCGGGAUCAGACAAGCAGGGACCCUUGAGUGCUGGUGUGCAAGGAGGCAGUUUGAUGGAUACCAUCGAGCUGCUGCAGGCCCGGGUCAGUGCGCUGGACUCCGCCACUCUGGACCAGGUGGAGGCGAGGCUGCAGAGUGUCCUCGGGAAGAUGAAUGAGAUUGCUAAACACAAGGCAGCCAUCGAGGACGCCGAAACACAAAACAAGGUGUCGCAGCUGUACGACGUGGUGCAGAAGUGGGACGCCGUGUCCACCUCCAUACCGCAGGUGGUGCAGAGGCUGGUCGCUGUCAAAGAGCUGCACGAGCAAGCCAUGCAGUUCGGCCAGCUGCUGACUCACCUGGACACCACCCAGCAGAUGAUCACCAACUCUCUGAAAGACAACAACACCCUGUUAACACAGGUGCAGCAGACGAUGAAGGAGAACCUGGUGGCCAUCGAGGAGAACUUCGCUGCACUAGACCAGAGGAUGAAGAAGGUUUCCAAAUGAAACAAGGGGGGGGAGCGGAGUUCGGAGCGAUCCAGGAGAGUGUCGAACAUGGACAAUUAAGAGUCGGUUAGAGAGCACAGACGAGCGGACCGGGGUCUCAUGCUGUCCGUCCUGGACGUCCCUCCCUUGCUCUCUACUUCCGCCUCUGCCUUUUUUUCACUAAGUGGAAUGUUUCGAAAGUUGGAAAAGAUGGAAAAAAACACAAAAAGAGAAGACCAAAUGUUCUUGUUCACCCUCCUUUUUCUCUUCCUUUCUCUCGCAUAAAGCUGAUUUCUGCUGAAAACACACCUGUCCACUCUCUACACGCCACUGAUUGCAGUCUCCCGUUCAGCUUGAUGAGUUUUAGACUGGGUUGUUUUUAUAAUUAGUAUUAAAUAUAGGAGAUCUUUCCAUUCCCUUUGGAGCGUCACACUAUUUCUCAAUUUGUACUGUAAACUUUGGUCAAGUGAAAUGGAUCACAGCGAUUUAGGGUUGUGGGACGACACACUCCAGAUGUUUUCAACUGUAAAAAAGAAAAGAAAAGUAAUUUCCACAGAGAUUCCAAAUCUAUUGUCCCGUAAUAUUGUAGCAGGAGCACACCCGUGUGAGUGUCAGGGCCUCGUCACUGAAGGACAGCUUGUAAAUAUGCCUGUGUACCUUAUCGUUUCCUCACGCUCGGUCGCUUGUAACUAUAUUAUUAAGACUGAGCUCCGGCGCCGCAGACAGACUUUUAAUCUGCUUGGUCAUUGCCUACAACUGUAUUGUUCAUCUGUGGUCAUGGAAACUGAUCAAUAAAAACAAAGUGCGAUCA